AUGGCUCAUGAGGAGGUGCUGAAGUUUGAGAAUUUGACGUUAGACCAGAAUUACCCAAAGCCGUCUGGGCUUGUUGACAAUGGACAUACAUUUUCCCAGGAUGGCAAUGGCUGGCGGACUGCUCAAGACCUCGCCAGUGCCCACCGCCCGAAUCUGCGUGGUGUUGAAGGUAGUGAUGGUGUCUUGAGUGACCUGCACACCCCAACGCCACCCAUCCCUGUUCCCGUCCCUGUCCCUGAAGAACAGCAUUACAGACCUGGUCCUACUGAUGACCUGGAGUAUAACCAUAACCCCCGCUAUAUCCAGCCUUCCCCCCUCGAACAGUUCGCCCGAAACGAUCAACACUCGAUCAGCCACAACCCUGAGUUUUCUUUUGAAGUUGCAAACAGCUACCCACCGGAAAAGCCCACAAUCAAUACGAAUGUUGUGAAUGUCGAAUCAUCUGCGGAUUAUAUACCCCGCCGGAAUCAUGGUUCCGAAAACUCCGCAAACGCUUUUCCAAUUACACCGCCCUGCAAGGUUUUUUUCUCCUCAAUUGAAGAUAGUUGUGUGGGUGCUAGUGGACCUGCUGGAGAGCGCCCCACUUCUCUUACUUCUCUCUCUACCGCCUCAGCCAUAACUGAUGAAAUCCGAACUCCGCCAGAAGCCGCCAGGGACAUAUUGCUCUCGCCGUUUUCAGUGUCGCCGAGAGUUUACAGACCCGCCUCAUUGGACGAUGCUGGUGGAUGGUCCAACCCCGCACCCCAGCCAUUUGGGAGCCGCUCCAAAAGCUAUACUCUGGGCAGAGAUGGCAGUUUGCGCCGCAACAUGCGUCAAGACUCCAAUAGGACUGCCAACUCGAGUGGCAAGUCUCCUGCGAGCACGUUUCUGUCUUUAUGGAGCCGUGACGAAGCUCCUUUAAAUCCUGAUGAUGAGGGUCAAGUUGUAGGAACAGAUUAUGUGAUAGGCAAACAGAUUGGUUUUGGGGGAUUUAGCACCGUGAAGGAAGCAUUUAAGGUUAAUGAGGAAGGUGGGCCAGAGCGGUCAGCUGUCAAAAUCGUCAGGAAGCACCUCGCUGGCCAAAGCGAAAGGGAAAAUGACCAGGUCCAGGCCGAGUUUGACCAUGAAGUACGCAUUUGGCGAUACCUACAUCAUCCCCACAUAUUGCCCCUUGAUGCAGUUUAUGAAACCGACUAUGCCACGUUUUGUUUUACCAGAUUAACUACCAGGGGUACUCUAUUCGAUCUUGUCCGCAGACAUCGCCAAGGGCUUGAAAUGAACUUGGCCAGAAACUAUGCAUACCAACUAGCGUCGGCUAUUAGAUACUUGCAUGAAGAUGCGCGUGUUGUCCAUAGGGAUAUCAAGCUUGAAAAUUGUCUUCUGGACGCACCAACUACCACGGAAGACGGGGGCGCAUUCCAGCUGAUACUCUGUGACUUCGGAAUGGCAGAGUGGAUGACCACGGACAAUGGUAGUGAUAGCUCACCUGACCCCUACGACAAUGCCGCAGAUCGACCGCCGCCCAAAGCCAUAGGCCCUUCGGACACUAGCACGAGCGUCGCUGGAAGCCUGGAAUAUGCAUCACCAGAACUUCUCUCGUCCGUUGGUGGGCUACUCAAUCCUAUCGUGGAUAUAUGGGCGUUUGGAGUUGUUGUCUUUGCUCUGGUUGUUGGCUCCCGGCCCUUUCAGCAUGCCUUUAAACCGCGGAUCAAAAUGAACAUCAUGGAUGGCCGCUGGGACAGGUCUGCUGUUCUGAACGGCCAGGGUGAUCCUCAGGAACGGCAGGAUGCGUUAGAUCUCAUUCAGGGAUGUCUGGAGAUGGACCCGGUGAGACGGUGGACUAUUCGAGAAGUCCUAGAAUCUCGGUGGUUACAGCCCUGUUCUAACAGCGCGGAUGACCCUUCCGAUGAUCCACAAUGGAGGUUUUAA